UUGCUAAUGCAGUCACGCAUAAAUAGAAUCUCCCGUCUUAAGAAACAUCAGUAUUAUUCGUAUUUCAUUGGUGUAAAGUGCAACUAACUGGAUAUUCACAGGCUUUUAACAGUUGAAUACCUGACAGAAUAAUCUGGCAAAGCACUUGCCAUCAAUCCUGUGCCAACUUUUACCGGUGGCCCAAUUUUUAACGCAGUAACAAAAUGGAACCGAUUGAAGUUCAGUCGACUGAAUUUUACCCCAAAGACAACGCCAGGGAAAAUCACACCGCAGAGUACGACUUAGUCAACAACCCUGAUUUUCCAACACCGAUACUGAGAAGAGGGUGCAACUUUUUCUUCGCAAUACGAUUUAACCGGGAUUUUGACGAAAUAAACGAUGUUGUUCGAGUUAGAUUCGGAUUUGGACCUAAGCCUAACGUUAUUAGAGGAACAAGAGCAAUUUUGCCAAUUCUGGCAAGACAAAAAGUCUUGCCAAAAAAUACCCACAUGUGGUCGUCUUGUGUCACCAGAAUCGACGGGAAUAUUGUAAUGUUACAAGUUCACAUCCCGCCAAAUGCCCAAGUCGGAAUCUGGAAAUGCUCAAUCCAAACCAAUAUUUCGGGCCAACGGGACAAGCGCUACGAUCAUAAAGUCGAAGAUGACAUUUACAUUCUCUUCAACCCUUGGUGCGAAGACGAUGGUGUCUACAUGCCAGAUGAAAAGGAAAAACAAGAAUACAUACUCAACGAAAAUGGGAAAAUUUGGUGCGGUACGUUCAAAAAACCGGUCGGAAGACACUGGAUUUUUGGACAGUUUGACGAUAUUGUACUACCAGCAGCAGUGCUACUGCUGGACAAGUCAGGAUUGGCUCCUGCUGAUAGAGGCUCUCCUGUUCUGGUGACCAGAGCCAUUUCAGCAGUGAUAAAUUCAGUGGACGAUGACGGCCUCCUGGAAGGCAGAUGGGACGGAAACUACAGUGACGGUACUUCUCCCCACGCCUGGACCGGUUCCGUGGCCAUCCUGGACCAGUACCUCCGAACAGGCGGAACUCCAAUGAAAUACGGCCAGUGCUGGGUCUUCUCAGCCGCAACCGUUUCCGUUUGCCGCGCUCUGGGAAUCCCCUGUCGUUCAGUCACGAAUUACGUUUCUGCCCACGACACGAACUGUUCCCUAACCGUUGACAAGUACUUCGACUUGUUCGGGAACAAGAUUGAGAACGGCCCUGAGGGCGACUGCAACGAUUCUUGCUGGAACUUCCACGUCUGGAACGACGUCUGGAUGACGCGACCUGACCUGCCUCCGGGUUACGGUGGCUGGCAAAUCAUCGACGCAACGCCGCAAGAGCAAAGCGACAGGAUUUUCAGGUGCGGGCCUGCGUCAGUGGAGGCGGUCCGUAAAGGCCUGGUUGGGUAUUUGUACGACACUCCGUUCGUGUUUUCGGAAGUGAACGCCGAUAUAAUUCACUUCCAGGAAGACCAAAACUCCGAUUGGGGCUUUUCCCGGUUGAAAAUCAACCAAUACCAUGUCGGACGCAAAAUCGUUACCAAACGCAGUGAUCUAACCGACGAAAAAGGAGACUCCGACAUGUGGAACAUCACCUCUUUUUAUAAAAAUCUCGAAGGGACGGAAGCGGAAAGACUAGCUGUGUACAACGCUGUGAAAGGCGUUCCCAAAGCGCAGCAUCUUUACGACUUUCCAAGUGAAGUUCAGGAAGAUGUGUUUUUUGAUUUAGUUGAUAUUGAUUCAAUUCCUUUUGGCGAAAAUUUUGAAGUGAGAGUUGAGAUGGAAAAUCGCUCUGGCGAGACACGCACUAUUAGUGCCGUUCUCUCCGCAAGCUCAAUUUUUUAUACCGGAGUUACGGCAAGUCAAGUUAAACGUCUGCAACAAACCUUCACCUUGGACUCUAAUCAAAAAGAAACUUUGAAAAUUACGAUAACACCGGAGGAAUAUUUGGACAAAUUGGUCGACCAUGGCUUGAUCAAAAUCUACGCGAUUGCUAACGUGAAAGAAACCAAACAAACCUGGAGCGAAGAAGAUGAUUUUACCUUGAUCAAGCCGGAGAUAACUGUGGAAAUAGCUGAUGCAUGCAAGGUGGGAGAAGAUUGCAGUGUUAGUUUGAGUUUUCAAAAUCCUUUGGAUCUUCCUUUAACCGAUUGCAUUUACACAAUUGAAGGUUUACAAAAACCCAAAACAGUCCAAUUCAGGGAUGUUCAGCCUAAAGAAACUGUCAACAUAAGCGAUUCAUUUAAAGCCAAGCGGCCUGGGGAAAGAAGAAUUGUUGUUAAUUUCAACUCCAGGCAAAUGCAAGGCAUUUCGGGCACAAGCAAAGUUACUGUUCUUUUAUAGAUUGUUUGUUUUUUAAUUAAAGUAAGAAUUUUUAAUA